GCCAGUACCAAUCGGCAAGUCCGCAGCGGUCACCAGAAGAGCUUCACCCGUUACCAGUUGUCAGGGUACACGCGUCUCCUCUUCUUUUUUUUUUACUUCUCCGCUCGCUCAGAGCAGCUGUGUGUGUGCGCACAGAAAAGCUUCCCUAUCGCUCACUGGAGUGGAGGCGCCACGCGGUGGAGUCAGAAGUUCCUUCCUGGCACUAUUCCGCAUCUCCUUUCGCUAGCGGCAGGAAGACCGUCAUUGGACGUAUCGGCGGUCCAGUGGCAGUGGUAUGUGCUGAGAAGGGCUACAAAGUGUCCGUCCGCUUUCGUACGGAACUUCGUUGAGUAGGCGGCUCCAGGAGAAGAACGUGGACAAGACGGAAUUGGCCCAACGGUAGGGCUAAGUCGGAACCAUUGGCGCAUCCAGGACGCGUCCUUCGGGCAAGGGCAACGCUUGUGAGGACUAAUAUUGGUCACCAGUAUGCGUGCAUAACUGCUGGGGAUACAGCCACUCAGCUUGUAACUGGCCUGUGAAAGAGCAUCAAUAUUCCAGAACUUGACACCAACUCUGGGAUGUCCAACCAACCACCAAAGCGAACACACAGCUGGAAGAGAGCUAAGUCAGACACCACCCUACUGAAGGGGCGUUCGUUCAAUGAAUAUGACAAGAAGGCCAAGGUUCCGAAGACCCUGAAGCUGCGUAAAGGGAAAAGGCGUGAUUCUAGUGAUGACUGCGAUGAGGAGGCGAAGAAGUUUGACUGCAUGCCCCAGGAGGUGGCUAAGGACGGUCGCCUCAUGCUCGAAGUUCGCAAUGGAAAGAAACGACUCCAGGUUUGGAAAGCAUGCCGGGUGCAGCUCGUCAUGUCCACUUCCUAUGCCAUGAACACGUUUGGAAAAAAGCAGUUCAUCCUGAUGUGCAUCACCGGUGGCUUACUGGGGUUGAGUAAGCGCUACCUCAGCGUACCGCUGGCUGACAUCCAUGCUAUCUACAAGGGUGGCAAGGAGAAUGGCAAGCAGGCUGCCGGUCAGGAGCGUCUCAGCUUUGUCCUGCAGACCAGCGACAAGCAGCUGCACUUCCGCGCCGCCAAUGACAGCGAUAUGCUGGACUGGGUAGCUGAGGUCAAAGCCAGCUUGGCGGUGGAGAGGGCCAACGGUUUCCUGCCCAGUAUUUUUCAUGUCCGCAUCGGACCGGACCAGCAGGUGCCAAUGACGGAUGCACUGCUUGCCUUUCAUCCUCAUCGCAAUCCCGAGCAGCUGCACAUCCGACAGGCACUGAGCGAAACCACACUGUACGGCUGUCACAUUGCCGACAUACUGCGCUUCGGCUAUGCCCACGACGGCUCACUGCUCUGGGUGGAGGUGCAGCCACGCGACAGUCCGCUGGCAACGGAGAAGAUUCUCCUGCUGUGCCCGAACAAUUCUCGUCCCGACGUUGUCCAGGCCCUGCAGUGCAACCUACAGAGUGUGCUGGGAGGUGCGGGGCAUACCAUACAGACGUCAAACGAGCACCAGACGAUAUUCUCCGUGCGCGACCGGUUUGCAGUCGGCGCCGGCGGUGCAAUUCGCCGUCGCCCGCUGUCGGUGAAUCUGGGAGCUCAGUCUCACCAGCCGCGAGGUGCAAUCCGCCGACACGGCCAGCAGGCCAGUCCGUUCAAGCAUGGACGGCCACUAUCGCAGACUGACGAUCCGGCUGGUGAUGACAAUGACGACGGCGGCGGGGAGACUUCCAAUGACUGGAGAAUGGACGUCAAGAAGCACAAGGAGCAGCUGGUUAAACACAUGCACCGCAACCUGCUGCGUCAGCGUAGCCGGUCUUUGGGCUCGAUUCCAGCGCAGGGCAUGCCCAUGCCAUUACCAAGCAAGUUAACGCAGCCACGUCCCGCGGUGGCGGCAGCAGCAGCAACAGAUCAGGACACACAGCAGUUCUUGGAAACGUUUGAAGAGGACCCCGAUGUGUUUCAUGACGGCGGUGAAAGUGAUGCCUGCAUCCCUGCUCCAUCUGGAGAUGGUGUGGACUUGGCUACGCGAUCACCGCCACCACCAGUUCCUGCUCAUCAAGGUCAACACGGCAGCACACACCAUUCCCCUGCACCCAUGAUGUACAUGCAGCAGGCGCAGAUACCCGAUGUGGCGGUGCAGCAGCCAUCAUCGCCGCCGCCACCACCCCAGCGCCAAGACUCCCGCAGUCGCCUACUGCCGCUGACAAAAGCCUCCGUAGCACUGCAGACCCCCAAGAAGAAGAGCAAGCAUAGGCUGUUGCCGCUUGUCAGCAGAGAGCCGUGCUAUGGUGAACUGGAGAGCCAUGCAUGUUACGGUGAGCUGGAAAGUCGUCCAUCAGUUGGCUCCGACUCAGACACAUCACCGGCACAUGACAGUAAGCCCGCUCAGGGUGCCGGUGGUAGCUUACUUCAAGUACCACCAGCUCCAGACAAUGUUUCGACGUCAUCCGAGCCGUACGUGUACGAUCACUUACACAUCCGCGCCGAGUACGAACGGCGUAUGCAGGAAGAGGCCGUUCACUUUCCCCCGCAGCUGGAAACAAUCGAGACGGCAAUGGCAGAUCCAGCCAAAGAUCCGGUGAGUGCUGGCGAUGCGGAUAGCUGGGACGACGGGGAUGAUUACGUGCCAGUGUCACAAGCCAUGCAUGUAAAACCAAGCGAGUCCGAUGAUGACGAUGACGAUAAUGAAGACGACAAUGGUGGACACAGUGGUGGUGAGUAUAUCCAACUAAAAGAUGCUCCACUGGCUGCCCUGGAGAAUUGUCCCGCUGGAGUGCUGCCUCUGGACAGUAGGGACACGGCCACUGGCCAGACAUCUACGCGUAAUGGUCCCGGCAACGAGCGGUCAAACUGUAACUCUGUGUUCAGCUGCGUCUCGACCAUAGCUGUGUCCAUGGAUGACUUCUCGCCCAGUGUAUCAGCACUGCAGAACAUUUCCAACACGCGUGGUCAGUCAGCGGCAGCAGCUCCAGACUACGAUGUCGACUACGACUACCCGAAGUCAUCGCGACGUGCUACCAUAGUCGUGUCAGAGCCCUCGUCACCCUCCCCGUCCUGCUCCAGCCUCAGCGGCUCAAACAGCAUGGAGGAGAUAGCGGCAAGCCUGUGGACACGGCAGCGUGUUCACACAAUGCCGUCAUCCGGCACCGGUGCUGCCAAACGUAGUCUUAUGCCCAGUGGGGACACGGCCAGCUUUGUCUCAUCAUUACGCAAGGGCGCGGCCAGUGCCAAUGGGGGCCAGCAGGAUAAGAUCAUAGAGGACCUGCUUGCCAGGCUGUCGCCGAGUCGGUGUCGCUCUCCGUAUCACUCUGGCAUUGGCAGCAGCCACAGCAUAAGCAGGUCACCAGCUCCGGAACAACUAAGCAGAUAUGGGCCGGGUGUUGCCAUAACCCGCCAGGAUACCGCUUCCAAGACAAUGCUCACGCUUCCACUUACAGCCGGUGCUCAGCGCGAGACCCUGAUGUCACCAAGAGAGCUAACUGAACGAGCGAGUACAUCUUGUUAUGAUCUUCUGCAGCAGCUGAACUAAAGGUUGCGUCACCAAGCUUGACCCAAUCGGCAUCAAACCAUGCAGCUGUCUAUUAUAAUUAUACCAAACGAUAUGGAACCUCUCUGUUUUAUAUAAUUAUACCUUAUGAGCCAUUCAACCACCUCUCUUUGAUUUGACCUAUAAUUAUAGAAACACAAGAAAUUGGGUUUACUGAUUCCUGUACAAUCUAUUAGAUUUGUAAGUUUUUCUUCUGUUGGUUGAGAAUGCACCCGGUGCAACUGCACUGCAGUUUGAGUUGCCUUUUCGUCUCCUCCUUGUUCCAACACCUAUAUCCAGGCAUUUCAGGCACAAAUACCAUUCCCUUCAGGGGUUGUGUGAAUCCGCUGUAAUAAGACUCCUUCUCGGCUGCCUUUCACCCCCCUCUCGUUCAUGGCAACACAAACAGAAACUUUUCAGGAAAGAGAGUCAGUAAAACACGCUG